UAUAUAUAAACAUUUCUUUUUACGGGUUAUAUGUGUUUUGGUCGUCAGUGCGUCCACACACACCGCACCUUUUUCCUCCAUGCUGCAUAGAGGUCAUGAGCGGCGGGUCGUUGCGUUUCCUCCCCCAAGAGGCAACGUAACAGACAAUAACAAACUCUGCCCUCAAACACACGUAACGUCACCGGUGAGCAAACAUCAGUCUCUGACAACAUAUUAAAGGUUAUAAACACACAGCCUAGUUGUAGUAUAGUCAUAUAUUAUGUAUAACCGGUACGGAGACCAGCGGAGCAUUUCACAAAAGACUUGCCGAAAACAGGCUCCCCUCUGCGGGCUGAGAUGACUGUUAACUACACGUCACAUCAACAUCCACGGAGCAGAUUGUUACCAAGGCUGAAUGUUGACAAACAGACUGCAAAAAUGUUGCUUAAAUAACUUCUCAUCUGAAAAAGUCCUAACAUUACAUUCCGUUACUUAAAAAUUAUAUAUUUGUAAACUUUAUGAACUUUGACUUACAGUUGUGUUUAUUUUCCUCUGUUGUUGUUGAGUCACAUCCGGAUCUUAUGACCGUUUUAGGACAGAUGCGGACUUUAGAAUUGGAACAGUACUCUGACUGCGGCUGAUAACGUUUCACAAGCCCACGAGAACAAAAGUCCACACAAGAACGCAUAUUGAGAAAGAUCUGCCUGCAACUAUUAGAUAUUCAUCCUGCUAGCGUACUUUUCACAAAGCUGUUCAGCUGAAAGGUUUCUUGGGAGGACUGCGUUCCAAAAGUUACAAUAUGUUGAUGUUGGAAGAUCUUUUCCUGUCCUACGUUACAGUAGCUCUGAUGCUGGUCCUCAUGUGCAUUCUUGUGUCCUUGUUUUUCCGCUCCAAAGACAAGAGGAGGGAGCCUCCUGGACCUCAACCUCUUCCCCUGCUUGGUAACUUGCUUCAGAUGGAUCUCAAGAGACUGGACCGCUCUCUUGUUGAUCUUUCCAAGAAAUAUGGAUCCGUGUUCACAGUGCAUCUUGGACCCCAGAAAGUGGUGGUUCUGGCUGGAUACAAGACCGUGAAGCAGGCACUGGUCAACCAUGCUGUGGAGUUUGGAGAGAGACGAAUCCCUCAAUUUGGCAAUGACUUGAUGUUAAGCGAUUCAUAUAGAAAAGGAAUCUUUUUUGCCAACGGGGAAUCUUGGAAAGAAAUGAGGCGUUUUGCUCUGAGCAACCUGAAAGACUUUGGGAUGGGAAGAAAAGCAGCAGAGGAUAAAAUCAUUGAGGAGAUUCAGUAUCUGAUAGAAGUGUUUGAAAGACAUGAAGGUAACUCGUCUCCUUUAUUGCAUUAUGUCUUAGAAAGGAUUCCAUAUUGUUUUUUCAUCAUUCAUUUUUUGUUUAUAGGUCAACCCUUCAGUACUGGCCAGCCAAUGAACUAUGCAGUCUCCAACAUCAUCUGUUCAAUUGUCUAUGGCAGCAGAUUUGAAUACAGAGAUAAAGAUUUUAAACUCAUGGUAGACCGAGCAAAUGAAAACAUUCAGCUUGCAGGUUCUCCUUCAGUACUGUUGUUCGACAUGUACCCGGGGAUAUUUCAUUGGGCGAGCAACAGGAUGCGUCUCAAGAGGAAUGUUUUUGAAAACCAUAAACGUAUAAAACAACUGAUCGGACAUUUACAAGAAACCUUUAAUGUUGAGUUGUGCAGAGGAUUUGUGGACUCGUUUUUAGCACAGAAAAAGAAACUGGAGGAUUCAGGGAUCACAGACUCUUACUACAACAUAGAGAACCUGGUGUCAACUGUUGGCAACCUCUUUUCGGGUGGUACUGAUACGACAUCAAGUACGCUGAGAUGGGGACUGUUGCUCAUGGCCAAAUAUCCUCGAAUUCAAUACCAAGUCCAGGAGGAGCUGAGCAGGGUGGUGGGAAGCCGUCAGGUCCGAGUAGAGGACAGGAGGAACCUGCCGUACACUGAUGCUGUCAUCCAUGAGACACAGAGACUGGCAAACGUUGUUCCCCUUGCCAUUCCUCACAAAACCAGCCAAGACGUCACCUUUCAGGGCUUCUUCAUCAAAGGGGGGACCACUGUGUUUCCUCUUCUUACUUCUGUCCAUCAUGAUGAGAGUGAAUGGGAAAGCCCAAACUCUUUUAACCCUUCCCACUUCUUGGAUACGGAGGGUAAAUUCAUCAGGAGAGACGCCUUCAUGCCCUUUUCUGCAGGACGCAGGGCGUGUCCUGGAGAAAGUCUGGCCAGGAUGGAGUUGUUCCUCUUCUUCACUUCCCUCCUCCAGCUCUUUCGUUUCACUCCUCCACCUGGAGUUAAAGAGGAUGAUCUGGAUCUGACUCCAGUUGUGGGCUUCACCCUCACCCCUUCACCUCAUGAGCUGUGUGCCGUCAGUCGUGAGGGAAUUCAAAAUGAGUAGAUUAUUUAAUAAGUAAAUGGGAUAACAAUGCUACAGGUGCACAAAUCAAACUGUUGUAAAAGCUGUAUUCUACUUUGAUUCAUAAGGCAAAAUAUCAAUGUAUUUGAAAGAAGUCACCCCAGGAAAAAGAUUGUUAUUGUUAUGUUUAUUAAUGUAUUAACUAUUAUAUUUACCGUGCUCUGCAAGAACACAGAUUCUGAUUGGCUGCUGGGGCUCCAUUCAGCGCUGAUGAGGGAAAACAACUAAGUAGUUGUGUGUUGGCGGGCGUGGUUUUGCUCAGCUGCAGAGGGGACAGAGAAGGGAGUGGUUCGGGGAACGGUGCCAGGGGGAGGCAUAAUUGGCCCCAGGCGGGUUUAAUCAAGGGGUGUGUUUGUCCUGCUUGUAAGUAGGAGAGAUACGGUGACGGCGAGAGACUGUUGAGCGGAUGAGGAAGCCGGAGCCGAUCGUGUUGUAUUUGUCGUAAACGACUGAAUAAAAUUAUACAUAAUGGACCCAA